CCUGUGCCGCUGCUACUGACGGCGGUCGGUCGUGUGGAGUCGGGGCUACGGGUCGGCAAGAGGAACGAUAAAGUUACCCGCACCCCGCAGCGAUUAAAACACACACCAUGACAUUUACCUUCUGCACUUCUAGAAAAUCUGUCAUCAGCCGCUAACAUCACAAAAGUGUGAUAUUUCGGAUCGUUGGCCUGUAGUGGGGUUGGGCCCGUUGCCCUGCCUAGGCCCGGCCCGGCUCUGCUGUCCCCAUGGUGAUGGCGGCGAUGGCGGCGGCGCGGCUCCUGCAGCGCUGGGUGAGGAGCGGCCUCAAACUGAAAUGGUUUUGUGCUCUGACAUGCAUAAGAAAUGCUACAACAGGCAGCUGCAGAAUCGAGAAAGUACUUAUUGCAAAUCGAGGCGAGAUUGCCUGCAGGGUAAUGAGGACAGCAAAGAAGAUGGGUGUUCGCUCUGUAGCUGUUUACAGUGAAGCAGACAAAAAUUCCAUGCAUGUCUCAAUGGCUGAUGAAGCUUACCAUAUCGGUCCUGCAGCUUCCCAGCAGAGCUACCUAAAUAUGGAAAAGAUUAUACAAAUAGCCAAGCAAACAGAAUCACAGGCCAUCCACCCAGGCUAUGGGUUUCUUUCUGAAAACACAGAGUUUGCAGAAUGGUGUAAAAAAGAGGACAUCAUUUUCGUUGGCCCUCCUUCCACGGCUAUUAGGGAUAUGGGAAUCAAGAGUACAUCGAAGACCAUAAUGUCAGCUGCUGGUGUACCUAUAGUAGAAGGUUAUCAUGGAGAUAAUCAAACUGAUCAACAGUUAAUGGAGGAGGCCAAUCAAAUUGGCUACCCUGUGAUGAUAAAAGCAGUUCGAGGGGGAGGUGGUAAGGGUAUGCGCAUUGCUCAGACAAAGGCUCAGUUUCUUGAGCAAUUGGAAUCUGCACGAAGAGAAGCAAAGAAAUCCUUCAAUGAUGAUAUUAUGUUGCUCGAAAAAUAUGUGGACAAUCCAAGACAUGUAGAAGUGCAGGUUUUUGGGGACCAGUAUGGCAAUGCUGUCUAUUUGUUUGAGAGAGACUGCAGUGUACAAAGGAGACAUCAAAAAAUCAUUGAAGAAGCACCUGGGCCUGGAAUUAGUCCUGAGGUGAGGAGAAGACUUGGUGAAGCUGCAGUCCAGGCGGCUAAAGCUGUAAAUUAUGUUGGAGCUGGGACAGUGGAAUUCAUCAUGGAUUCUCAACAUAAUUUUUAUUUCAUGGAGAUGAAUACAAGGCUGCAAGUGGAGCAUCCAGUCACAGAGAUGAUAACGGGAACUGACCUUGUUGAAUGGCAGCUCCGGGUUGCUGCUGGUGAAAAACUUCCAAUGUCACAGGAAGAACUUUCUUUCAAAGGUCACGCAUUUGAGGCAAGAAUUUAUGCUGAAGAUCCAGACAAUAACUUUAUGCCAGGAGCCGGCCCUCUCCUGCAUUUGUCAACACCUGCACCAGAUGCUUCUAUAAGAAUUGAGACUGGAGUCAGACAAGGUGAUGAAGUUUCAGCGCAUUAUGAUCCAAUGAUUGCUAAACUGGUGGUCUGGGGAGAUGAUCGUAUGGCAGCAUUAAAUAAAUUAAGAUACUGUUUGCGUCAAUACAAUAUUGUAGGUUUAAGCACAAACAUAAAUUUCUUGUUCAACCUGGCUGCCCAUCCUGAAUUUGAGGCGGGAAAUGUCCACACAAAUUUUAUCCCUCAGCACUCUGAUGGACUGUUCCCAGCUAAGGAAGCUACAAGUAAAAUUGCUCUCUGUCAGGCGACUCUUGCUUUAAUUCUACAAGAAAGAAUUCAAACAAACACUUUCAAAGCACUUUCUCAUGAUCCAUUUUCCCCAUUUGCGGACAGCAGUGGAAGAAGGCUAAAUAUUCUGUACAGGCGAAAUCUGACAUUGAUUGAAGGACAGAAUCAGGUGAAUAUUGAUGUUGCUUAUAACAAUGAUGGGACAUAUAGAAUUCAGAUUGAUGGACAGGUUUUCCAUGUAUCUGGAAAACUUACUACAGAGGGAGAUAUCACAUACUUGGAGUCAUCUGUAAAUGGGAUGCUUUCAAAACCUAAAGUGGUGAUCAUAGACAACACCAUUCACCUGUUUUCAAUGGAAGGGUCUGUGCAGCUCAGUAGCCCUGUGCCAAAGUAUUUGGUUGCAGUUGACGCCUCUGGAGCUGAGGGAGCAGCCGUUGCACCAAUGACUGGGACUAUAGAAAAGGUGUUCGUUAAUGAAGGUGACCAUGUGAAAGCUGGAGAUCCAUUAAUGGUAAUGAUAGCCAUGAAAAUGGAGCAUACAAUAAAAGCUCCAAAGGAUGGGGUGAUUGAGAAAAUUCUGCACAAAGAGGGUUCUCAAGCUAACCGACAUGCUCCAUUGGUAAAAUUUGUGGAAGAUGUUUCACAAUGAAUUUAAAUCAGAUUCUUUAGGCCUUUAUGUGCAAAAACUGUGAUUUACAAAUAUAUUUUCUUUCAUAUGUCUGUUGAAUAAAAUUAGUUUAUUUUACUCCAAAUAAGUUAUUUGGACCAAUUGCAAAGAGGCAGUAUUUAUAAUCUACACUUGGAACAGCCUAUUAUAAUACCCAAACUGCAACAAAAAGUCGUGUUUGUCUGUUACUUGGUAAUUGGGCUAUUGAUUCUAAAAUUACUUGAUCCACUGGUUCUUGGCUACCUGGGAAUAAUAGGGUUACAUUUCAAUGUGAUAACCAUUUUAAAUUCUUACGGAGAGUGUUUAUAAUUGGCAAUGUAUCUAAUAGUUUUUGGCUUGUCACACUACAGGAUUUCUGACUUUUGAUAAUUUUUUUAUAUAUGUAAAUGUUACCAUGCUAAAUGUAAUAUUCUAAUCUGUAACCAUGAGCAAAUAUGUCCUAACAAUUAUUUUCUCAAUUCACUUCUUGCACUUCACUUUAAGUUUAGGUGAUUGGAUUGUGUUUUUUUAUCUUUGUUGCAUAGGUUGUACAUCUAUGACCAGAGCACCUUGACAUUAUAAAAACUCAUUGAUUUUUAUUCUGUUAGUCUGCACAAAG